AUGCCAUCGGGAUCGAGAUUCCAUAACUAUUAUGUGUAUAUUGACUCAUUAAAAUUACAGACGAAAUGGUGCACUGUCGCAGAUUAUGUUGAUCAGGUUCUAAGUGAAACUCGAAUUUGUUUACGAAACUGUAACAUUCAUUUUAAGAUUAAGAAUAUGGAGAAUGUGAGUACAAGUAGCACUUCUAACAGUGACAGCAUGGAACAGUCAGUCAGUAAAGAUCACGGCACGAUGCAAGACUCGCUGGCAGCUUUGUUCAACAACAAUGAGCUGUCCGACACCUGCUUUAAGUUUCCGAACGAGUCAUCACCAGAGAAAACUGUCUUGAUGGCACAUAAACUGAUUCUUGCCAUCAGAAGUCCCGUUUUUAAAGCUAUGUUUUACGGCACCCUGCAGGAAGUGGGUCAGGAUGUCGCUAUUGAGGACAUCUCUUACGACAUAUUUCAAUCUUUAUUGAGGUUCAUAUACACAGACAGGAUAAAGCUGGAAGGUGAUACUGUCAUUCCAACUCUGCACGCUGCACAAAAAUACCAGAUCCCAUCUUUGGUCAAUCAGUGCCAGUCUUUUCUAGAGGCUGCUGUCGAUUGUGAUAAUGCUUGCAUUAUUUUCAGUCAGGCCAGUUUGUUUGAUCUGAAAGAACUUGAGACAAAUGUACUAAGAUUCAUAGAAUUCAACACCACAGAGUGCUUGCAGUCAGAUGGUUUUCUGUCGUUGAGCAGAGAUAACUUGCGAGAAGUUCUUAAGAAUGGAAAAUUCUGUACCUCAGAAGAAAAUGUUGUCAAGGCUACCCUUCAUUGGGCAGAAGAAGAAUGCAAGCGAGGAGAAUUGGACCUCACUGGAGAAAACAUAAGAAAUGCUUUAGGAGAUAAUCUGUACUUGCUAAGAGUACCCUUGCUUUCUCUGGAAACAUUUUCACGUCUCUUUGUAGCAUCAGGUAUCUUAAAUGAGAAAGAACAGCUGGAUUUGUACAAAUAUUUCACUCUAGACACAUUUGAGGGAGGUGCGCAAAAAUUUCAAAGAGUAGCUAGAUUUGAGAAUGCUCCAGAAGAAGUGAAAGUCCAGACGUUGUAUGGAGCUCUGGGACAAAGAACAGCGGGACUUGUUUGCAAGCAGAAGAUUUCCCUAAAAUCCAGAUUUCCAGUUAAGUUGUGUCAAAUUAAACUCCUACCUUUCCCAAAUAAAUCACUCGAUGCCAAUUUCUACCAAUAUCACAUGCAUAAUUCACAUAAAUCGGAGCAAGGUCCAGAGAUAAAAAUCAUCGUUCUGGAACAAGUUGAAGGAGAAGAGAAAACUCAGACAAUUUAUGAAGGACUGAAAACAUCUACAAACCUGGCACCGGUCCCUCUGGAUUACGUUUUCUCAGCUGACCCUCAUUCCAAAUUUCAGCUUGUUGUCUCUGUCAGCUCUAAAUGUAGAACCUGUGGUGUUGCUACGGCGCCAUUCUACCAAACCAUUGUAAAAGAAGCAGGCCUUACUAAAUUUAUUCCAAAGCGUAUUUCUGUAUCCAAUGAGGCUGUGGAUAUGAUUCUACAAGGCCAAAACUUGAUUGAUACUAUGACCUUUAUGAAAGUGUGACACAAAAAAAUGUGAUGAUACAGCUACUCUGGUUUGACUAGAUUAACGUAAUGUCCGUGUAAGGGCUUAUUACCAACGGAAACACCAUGACGGUUUGACCUUAUUUAUUCAUCAUAAACAAAAUGAAAAUGUGGAUGUCACCAGUCUUCACGUAUAUAUUCAUAGAAAAGGCACCGUAGCUGUGCAUAUCAAGAAGUUAAAGAAGAUUUUACAUUUUGAAUGUUGUAUUAAAUGUGUUCUGGCAAA